GCUCAUUUGUGAUGAGACAUUUAAAUCUAUUCAGCGGAGGAAAGAGACGAUGAGUGAACUAAGCUCCCAAACAGCAGGCAUCAUGACAACAUUUAUAACGAGACUCUGGUGUUUCAUACAUCUUCAGUGUUUCCUCGGUGGCAGUUCAGUUGACUCCUCUUCUCUGUCCUCCAACCCCCACAUUCUGGCCGUCACCUCCACAGUGGGGAGCCAGGUGGUCCUUCCCUGCAGCUGGAAGUCCCGCCUGGGGGAGGGGGCCCUGUCCACCUGCCACAUUCGGUGGACAUCCGCCAUCAAGCUGGUGUUUGAACAGCAGGGAGAGCAGCGGUGGCAGGCGGAGGAGUUUGUGGGCCGGGUGGAGGUUCCUGAGGAGAGACUUGGGUCCGGGGACUGUUCUUUGAUCAUCAGUGAUGCUCAGCUCGGAGACACGGGGAGAUACGAGAGCUUCAUGGUGGUGGACGGAGUGAGGUCUGCGAAAACCAGGGUCUUCAUUCAGAGCGUCAAGCUGUCUGUGCUCGACCACAAAUCUCUGCAGUCUCGUGGUCUAGGUGAGGACCUGGUUCUGGAUCUCCACACUCCUCACUCUGUGAGACUGGUCUUCCAGGGAAGGAGCGGCUCCGAGUGGUUGGACCUGUGGGUGAGGGGGGAUGAAAACAGUCAGCGUCUGGAGAAACACUCCAUGAAGGAGCAGCUGACGAUAAAGAAGUUAAAGCGCUCGGACGAAGGCACAUACAAAGUCCUGGAUGAGCAGGGCCUCUCUGUGAGCACUGUGCAGCUCUCUGUGGAAGAACGCUCCACAUCUCUCAAAGUCCGGCAGGUUAUGGAAAAUGAAAUACCAGCAGGUGACGCUACCAGAAGCAGCUGUUCAGCGCUUCUCAUCUGGUCUCUUCUUGUCACGAGUUUCCACAUUCUUCAUCUGCUCUGAUUCCAGAACUGCACAUAGCUAUUAACAGCAGCUUUGCACAGUAACAGCAUAUGUGUGACAGUGUGUGUGCAGUGUACACUUCAAGUUAAGUACACAGUGACAGGUAGGUGUGAGAGGGAGAGAUGUGGUCUGAGUAAAGAAAAGGUUUUCUGUUUGUCUAAAACAACCCUGGGUCUAAGCUUUAAAUGCCACUCUCUCAUUUCUGUCCAAUAAUUAUGGAACUGGAGUUGUUACAUGGUUAGCUUAGCAUAAAGACUGGAAACAGAGGGAAACUGGCUCAGUCUGCAGUUCAGAAAUACACCAUCUCAAACUCUCUUAUUGAUGCCUAGUAACUAUCUUACAAAACAUCAGUAAAUGAGGUGUUAAACAUCAAUAUAUCAGUUAAAACUUUAUUAAUGGUGCCUGAGCAGAAAGCAGCACCCUAAUACAAAAUAAUUACGUUAUAUAUGUCUAAGAUAUUCAAAUGUUAAUUUAAGACUAAUCAGGGAAACCCAGUCAUCAAUUUCUUAGUUUAGAGAAGCCAAAGCUUCACAGAUCGACAAAACUGGGGGAAUUCGACCAUGUGUGGGUAAAGACAGCUGCCGUCAGGCUAAUUUUGUGUUUUUUCACAUAUUUACUCAGUACAUGUGAAUCAGUGGAUGAGGUCACAGUGUACAGAAAGACUUUGUCUUGUCUUUACUUUUACAAAACCUUGAAAUUAAUAAAUAUACAAGUGUGAAUGAUUGUCUUAGCUUGUUAGUGGUAGAGAAAAAGUGCAAUAUUUUCCCCUGAACCAUAGUGGGUUUGAUAUAAGGCAGUAUAAGAAACGACUAAAUGACCAAAUAACAAAUAAAUUGAAAAAAGAAUGGUCAUAUUAAUGGUUCAUGGAGAAACAGACUUCAUUACACUUACUAUCAACAACAGUUAAUUUGCCCUUUGCUGUGAUUUGUCUGAGGUGAAUGUGUGGAGUGUGCUCACUCUGAUAUAUGAUUAGCAUGUGGCAUGAUAUUUAUUGUUUCAUAAAUCUAAAAGAGAAUUAUAGUAAACCAACAGACACCGUU